AUGGCCGAGCCCCGUCGCUCCGGUCGCCAACGCAAGGCCAAUGCAAAAUACGCAAAUGAUGGAUGGGACAAGGAGAUCCUGCGAACGCUCCGCGAGUCAUCAGAGUCGUCUGGCUCGAGUCCGGCCGAAAGCCAGACAUCGUCCGAGGCAGAAGAUGAGUUAAUACCCGAUGCCGGAGGCCUUGCCACUGCCCUUGCCCUGGACCAAGACGAAGAUGACGCCUCUAUGGUGUCUGCAGCGUCCGCUGGGUCGUCCGACGUCGACGCUCCACCAGAGGAUGACGAAGACAUGAGCAUAGCGUCUGAUGAAGGUGGUUCAAGCCGGCCUGCUCGACCGCACCCUGUCUCUGCACCCACCACUGAAACGGCACGAUCCCGCGGCAUACAAAUCACCAGAGGUUUGGCAAAGGCAGCGGCGUAUCCUGGCAUAUUUGGACCGGGGGUCGACGAUUUGUGUGACGUGCUUCGAGCGCGAGAUACAUGGCUCCGCGGUCGAGAUAUCACACUGCCCAGCCGAGAGACGUUGCUUAUUGAACUCGAGCGGUCCCGAGAGGCUCGCGAGACAAACGCCGAGCGACCUGAAGGUCCAGAGCGCCCAAUCCCAGCGAGCCGCGUGUGGGAGUCGCUACGUACUAAUCAAGUCCUGGGACCCAUCGACGAGGCCGAACUACGCGACACGUACUUGGUGCGUGGUAAGCCGGAUCAUCCCAUCGUCCUCGGUCCGUGGGGAAAACAGAAGAAAUAUAAUUUAAGGUACCUCUCUACUAUCGAUUUCGGAAAGGCCUGGCCCAUGAAGGAUCAGCAACUCAGCACACAGACGCAGGCCGCGCAGAAUGGCGAAUCACCCACUGACGGCGCGUACCAUCAAGGGUGGUUACUGAAUGUGGGCGAGAAGGUGCAAUGCCUAGCUUGGGCGCCGUGUCCAGGUCCUAUCCAGUACCUGGCCGUAUCUGUGAGAUGCACCUCCAGGCAAAGAAGAAUGGCGCACGCCAGUGAGGGCGAGGCUGAGGGCGAAAGCGAACGGCCAGCCUUUCAUCCAUCCCCUCCCUAUCCGUCCAGCAUUCAGAUAUGGGCCUUUGACACGGCUGAAACAGGUAGCAGCAAUGGCAUAAGGAGCCUGACCAUGAAACGGCAGCCGAGACUCGCCGUCGUGCUCGCAACCAGGUGGGGCAACAUCCGGCGCCUCAAAUGGUGUCCUCUCGACGAGGAAGCAGGCAAGGGCACUGGCUCUUCGGAUUCGUCGACCGACUCGGUCAUCGGCCUUCUCGGGAUCGUGUCAAGCGAUGGCCACGCCCGCGUGGUCGCUGUGCCAGUCCCUGCAGACGCAGACGAGCCGGCCAGGGAACAGACGAGGGCCUUUCGAAUCGAGCGGCCUGGUCUUGAUAUCCCGCCUCCCCCGGACACCAUCUUCACGUCGUUGACCUUUGCCGGGCCUUCGGACCUUUUACUGGGCACGGCCAGCGGAUCCAUCCAUCUGUACGAUCUGUCCGAGGAGACACAUAGUCCCGACAGCAGUCCCGUCAGCUACAUGCACCAGCAAGUCCACCACACGUACAUCAUCUCGUUAUGCUCGGCGUCCACUCCGCCGCACUCGACUCUCGUGGCCAGCGCGUCCGCCUCGGGCGACCUCGUGCUCACCGACCUGCGCAGUCCCGAGCAAGACCGCGUGGCCGUCCCGCGGACGUGCUUCCCCACCCGCGAUCUCGUCUACGUGCCAUUCACGCGCUCGUUCGUCGCCGCGCUCGACCGCAGCGGCAACGGGCAGGUCGAGAGGAACGCCGCCACGCUGCUCGCGUGCCACCACGUCCGCCAGUUCCCCCACAUGCUCAAGGUGGCGAAGCUGCCGCAUCGCACGGGCGCCGCCACCGCGCUGGCCGCGUCGCGUUGCCAUCCGUGCAUUCUCGUGGGUAACGCCAAGGGCCAAGUGCUGGCGACGAACUAUCUGCGUAAAAUUCUCCCGUAUCGCCGGUCGGCCGUCAGGAAAGCCGUCGGUGCGUAUAUCCAGAAGAUAUGCGAGUACGAUUGGCGUGCACUUACGAAGGAGGAGGUCGAGGAGGGGGAGGUCGAGGUCCGUCAAGGAGGACACCUCUCACCACAACCGGGCCAUAACAUGGACGAAAGGCAAGGGGAGACACAGCCAGGCCACAACAGCGAUGAAACGACGCAGGAGACGAGUAAAAAACAAAAUCCCGACCUGUACCACGGCCACGACGUCCGACCGGGCGUGUCUCGGUUCCACGAAGGCUUCAAGCCCGAGAAGAUCGAAGUGGGCAACCCACAACCCAGCUGGAAAAAGGCGGCCAAGACAAAGACGAAGACCAAGAACGGGAACGAAGGAGAAGCAGAAAUCGCCAACGGCGAAGCCGUCUUUGAAGAGGAGCAAGCCGUCACGGCCAUCGAGUGGGUUCCGAAUCCCUGCUGUGCUGGGAUCGUGGCCGUGGCGUGGGGAAGCGGCCUGGUGAGGGUGCAGGAUCUGGCGUACGAUUCUUGA